GUUCUGUUAAAUCAAUAUAAAAUGGUAGGCAAAGCAUGGCGGAAUCUGUAGCAUGUGCAAAUAAAAUACCUGAACAACAGGACAAAGUAGAAAAACGACAAACACAACAGCAUUUUCAAGAAAAUUCCAUGUUUUUGCGCAUAGCUAAUACUGAUGUAGUGGUAAAAAGCCAACAACUGGGAGAAAGAGACCUAACAGUGGACGAAAAAGUUCAAAUUUUAAAGGACUUGUAUUAUAAAAAUAAAACAAUCUUUAUUUAUAAGUUUGGCCACCUCUUGUUAGCAGAAGAUUUAAUUUGUUUUAAUGAUCCCAACAAUUACGAGUUAAAUUUUUACACUGAAAAAGUUAAAGCAUCUCUCAAUCCUGUAACUAGGGAUCGCAUUAUUAGAAAUCGACGCUAUAAUUAUCUUCAAAAUGUUCUAAAAAAUACUGAUUACUUUGCAGACAAUGAGCUUGAGAGUAGAGAUCCUCUUCUUUACCGUCAGUACAUAGAUCAACACAAAACAGAUGAAGAAAGAAUGAAAGAAAAGGAUGAAUCCUUGCAGACAAAAACCUUUUCUCAAUUUUUGUUUGGAACAAUAGAUCGUGAUAUCAAUAACUUUCGAUGCGAGCUAGAAGUUGAGGCACAAAAUAAGGAGGAAGAAGAAGAUGAUGAAGAUGAUAAUAAUAGUAGUAGUAAAACAGAAAAGGAUAAAGAAUUUGAAAAAUAUUUGGAUGAUAAAGUACCAAUUACAAACGAAGAAAAAGAAAGACUUCAUAGAGAAUUUUCUGAACUAAUGCAGAACAGAUUUCUUGAUGGAAAAGAUGACUUUGAUUACUCAGAAAUUGAUAAUAACGAAAAUUAUGACAAUAUCAGGGACCAAGAUUUCGAAGAUAGUUAUUUUGAUGAAGAGGAACCUGCAGAUUGUGACUAACAAGAUAAAUCACAUCCAAUUUUUCUUUAUUAUAACUGCAAGAAUCACUGUGAUUUUUUCUCAAACUUGUUUGAGGGAACCUUCAAGUGUGAUUAAGCUAUAAAUCAGCUGUUAGUCUGCAAUGUGUUAAGGCGUGAACCAACCUUCUUUUAAACUUGAAAUUAAAAUAUAGUUUGCAUGUUGUAUUGGAGCAUACAUUCACAAAACAAAUAUAAAUUGCCAAAGGAAAAGACAACUGCAUUAGAAACACUGUGACAACAUCUGUAAGGGUAACACCUUGGACCAAAAUGAAAAUAAUCUUCAAAAACUCGGUCAACCUGCUUCAAAGCCAAUAAGUUGAUGACUUUAAAAAACUAUUAAAUCCCAGUAUCUUCUAACCAUUUCUAAAAAGAACAUGAUUAUUUAUGUUUUUGAUCAGUGUUUAAAGCUUAACUUAAAUUUAUUUUGUAUGUUGAUUGCAUAAAGUUGUCAUUGAUGAUGUCAUCAAAAUA